AUGUCCUCCACCAAUCCUACCUUUCCACGACCAGGAGUUAAACAUGGCAAACGAAUUCUCACAUCAGUGAUCGAGCAAAGAGCUAACAGUAAAGAUGAUGUUUGGGUAUCUGUCCCAAUGGAUGAGACCAACCUAUCUCUUGGUUUCAAGGAUAUCACUGUUUGGCAUUUUAACAAUGCCGCCAAUCAUGCUGCGCACUGGCUGAAUCAGAAUCUUUCAGCUUCAAGUUCCAAAUCAUGUGCUUUGCCUAUGCCGGUCCUAAGGAUCUUCGUUAUCCCAUCCUGGCUGUUGCGGCAGCCAAGAUGGUACUUCCUUCGCCAUUGGUCACUCCAGCGGCCUAGUCAAAGAUUCUUGAGAAGAAAGGUUGCACUGUUUAUCUCAGACCUGAGGAAAUGGCUGAGUCGGUGGCUGGAAUAUUACAAGAUAAGUGCCUCGCAUAUCCAAACUAUCACCGUGCCGCCCCUGGAACAAUUCUUGAAUGAGACGGAGGCCACUUCGGUCAACUACUCUAAAACAUGGGAAGAGGAACAAGAUGAUCCCUGGUUGGUGUUUCAUACGUCCGGAACUACAGGAAACCCAAAACCUAUCACUUAUUCACACUAUAUGAUGGCGAUGGGGGAUAGAGCUGCUUCACUACCUGAUAUUGAACAGUCACAUAUUCAUCAGCUUGCUGAGAAACGGUGGUAUACACCCCUACCAUCACUUCACCUUGUGGGAAUGCCCCUGAUGCUCUCAGCAACAACUCUAGCCCAUAUGAGAGCAGUUAUUGGACCCACCGGGCCCCCAACCCCAGAGACCGUUGCCCAGGUCAUCAAAUACGGGCAUGUUGAGGGAGCCCUCCUACCUCCAGUACUAAUCGACGCCCUUUGCCUAACAUCCGAUGGACUUGAAGCUCUCAAAGGUCUCACAUACAUCCACUACGCCGGUGCUCCACUCUCUGCAAAAUCCGGAGAGCUUCUUGCACCUCAUGUACAGUUAGUUCCUUCUGUUGGUAGUACGGAGUGUGGUGGUUACUUCACAGUUAUACAUGGCAAACCCGAUACAUGGGACUAUCUUUCUUUCCAGAAACAUACUGGUGCGAAAUUUGAGCUCCGAGCCAAUAAAUUGUAUGAGCUUGUGUUUGUGCGAGAUCCAAGCUGUAAAAUGCAGCAGAUAUUCAAAGUUUACCCGAUUCUAAAUCGAUUUGAAACCAAUGAUUUAUGGCUCGAACAUCCUACUGAGAAAAGGUUGUGGAAGAUUAUUGGUGGAGCUGAUGAUUAUGUUUGUUUCUCUCAUGGAGAAGGGAUACAUGCUUCCUUUUUAGAGCCUGAAAUUACGGCUCAUCCAAAUGUUAAGAAUGCUUCUUGGAAGACUCAGAAUGGAUCUCGCGAGACUCUGCUGGAAGGUCUACAGCCCUAUAUUGAGAAGUUCAACGCCCGAUGCCAUCAGUCGGUCCAGGUUUCAUUAGAUAAGGUCAUCAUUUUUUCGAAGCAGAAGCCAUUCCUUAUGACUAGUAAGGCGAGUGUUGCAAGGUUGCAGACUUUAAGAUUGUAUGAGGAUGAAAUUGCUGCUUUGUUUCCUUAA